UUUCGUUGACUAUGCAAUGUAGCAUAAUCAAAUAUGCUUGUACAUUUAUCCCUCCAGAAGCAGGUCGCCGAUUAAAAGUCCUAACUACCUAUUAAGCUUCUGCCAUUCAUCUCGGCUUUCUAUGAGUUUUUUGUUUCCGAUUAGGUAAGGCAAUAUUCCGAACGCUCUGUCCAUCGAAACAAUCAGAACGAUGGUCAGAAGGUGUUCUCGACUGAGGCAAGAGAACCCACGCACCGAUCGGCGCUAUUUGCGAGCAGAGAAGUAGUAUAGUAGGCGAAAACCUGGAUUACUAAAUGUGGUGGGCACGGUCAUGGUCCAUUUACCCUUGGACAGAUGUCUCGCCCGAGAAAUACACUGGACUACACGACUCCGAGGACACUGCACGUGACCUGGAGCAUCAAAUCCAAGGCUACGGACCAUCUCAGCCAAUCAAACGCGGGUCGCAAUCGCGUCCCAAGGGGCGCGUGGAAUAUUGGCUUGCCAACGAAAUUGCGAAAAUUUUCAAUCAUCAGCGCAAUGGUUUUGUAAGCGGGAGGAUAGGCAGAAAGCAAAGUAGUGGGCGUAGACAAGCAGCAGAAGACCAGACGAGAUUCCUCAGGUACGGAGUAAGGCCGCCAGGGAUAUAUAAUAAGAAGUUGACCCCCUGUGGCCGCGUCUUACAACAUACGAAUACGGACACGGAGACCUCGUAAUACUUUAUUGCUUCCACCACAAAACAAUCCCCGGUGCCCGAAACCAUAACAACAGACGACAAUCAACGAGGCUCCACCCCUAACCAAUCCUCAAAAAAGUCAGCCCUGCACUUUUCUCACCUGAGGGUUUCAUUCCAUUGUCCUAUACAUACUCCUUACACCGUGUCUACGUUCAAUUCUUCUUAGUUGUUUAAUUUCAUCUUGACCCGUCCGUCUUCUCUCCAACCCCCAACAACACCAUGUCUACCCACACGAUCGUCAUCAUCGGCGCCUCCUUCGCCGGCCUCACUGCGGCUCAGGGUCUGUUGAAGACUGUUAUUCCUUCUUUGGGUGGGAAGGACAAGUACAAGGUCGUCCAAGUUGCUCCCAACGAGGAGUUCUACUGGAAGAUUGGUGCCCCCCGAGUCAUCGCCAACCCCGAAUCUCUGCCUCUCGAAAAGGCGCUGCUGCCAAUCGCUCCCUACUUCAAGAGCUACGGGCCUGAACAGUACGAGUUCGUCAAGGCGUAUGUCACCUCAAUCGAUCCUGCGACCAAGACCGUCCACACGAGUACCUCUGCUGCCCUCCACUACGAUUCACUCGUCAUUGCCUCUGGCACCAACUUCAACACUCCCCUCUGGACAGUCACAGACGGUUCAGAAGCCCUCAAAGCUGCCCUGAACGACGUCCACGAGAAGAUCCCAAGUGCGAAGACGAUAUUGAUCGCGGGCGGUGGUGCUGCUGGUGUUGAGACCGCCGGCGAGUUUGGCGAGACGUACGGAAAGACGAAGGAGAUCACAAUUCUCUCGGGCAGCACCAGCUUGUUGCCUAGGCUUCACAACAAGAAGAUGGGCACCGAUGCUCAACAGCGACUUGAGAAAAUGGGUGUCAAAGUCAUCAACGACAAUGUCAAAGUUGUCGAGCACACCAAGGAAGACGGCAAGGAUGUCUUGAAGCUGAGCAACGGCGAGACCAAGACGGUCGACAUCUACAUUGAAGCCACAGGCGACAAGCCAAACAGCAAGUUUGUCCCUCAGGAGUGGCUCAACGAUCGCAACCAGGUCAAGACUGAUCCUCACACACUUCGUCUGGACGUUCCUGGUGUCACUGGUGUCUACAGUUUUGGCGCCGUCGCUAGCUAUUCCGAUGGCGCUGCCUUCGACAUUGGCUUCGCAAAGAAUGCUUUCUUGGAAACCCUCAGAUCGGAUCUGUCAGGAGCGACUCCCGGCCCUCGGACCAAGAAGGUAUACAAGAAGAUCACAAGUGACAUGCAGUUCGUGCCAAUUGGCUCGCAGGGCGGUGUUGGUAUUGCAUUCGGCUACAAACUGCCCAGUUUCAUGGUGAAGAUGGCCAAAGCCAAGGAUUUCAUGAUUGGCAAGGCUGCUCAGACAAUUGAGGGCAACGCCUGAUCUAUAUCGUCAGUGUAGCAUGUCGAGAACUUUGGCUUUGAUUUUGUAUAGAGAUACCCAGUCUUGUCAGCGGGUGCGAAAGGCAGACCUGCAGGGAGGACUUUGAGCGUUUGAUAGUUGCAUAGAAGCUGUUUAUAAUCGGGCAUCAUACCAUUAGAUUCCGGAGCUCCCAAAAUCUUUCUCACUUUUAUUACUGUAGUACACCUUGAAAUACAUGGUCCAGAGACAUGACCAGCACCGGGAGAAUCAGGAAUGA